GCCUAUUUUCUAUCGGCAUCAUCGGAAAUUUCCCACGAAAAUUUUCAAUUCAUUCAUUUAAACUCCGUCUCCAUUCAAGUACAGACGCGAAGUCCAGCUUGCAAAAUCUUGAAGACCAAUUUUAGUGUUGUUUUCCAAUAAUUAUAUCUCAAAAAGCACAAAAAUGUUUGAGGCACGCCUUAUUUCCAGCACCACCCUCAAGAAGGUCCUAGAUGCCGUUAAGGAUCUGUUGAAUGAGGCCACAUUCGAUUGCAGCGAUUCGGGUAUCCAGUUGCAAGCCAUGGACAAUUCACACGUGUCUUUGGUUUCACUUUCCCUUCGGUCGGACGGAUUUGAUAAAUAUCGAUGCGAUCGUAAUUUGUCCAUGGGUAUGAAUCUUGCCAACAUGUCCAAGAUCAUGAAGUGUGCUAACAAUGAUGACACAGUAACCAUGAAAGCUCAGGACAACGCCGAUACCGUCACUUUUAUGUUUGAAUCAGCAAACCAAGAAAAAGUUUCCGACUAUGAAAUGAAACUCAUGAAUCUUGAUCAGGAACAUCUCGGAAUCCCAGAAACUGACUAUGCUUGCGUUGUUCGUAUGCCAGCAAUGGAAUUCGCUCGUAUCUGCCGUGAUCUGUCUCAAUUUGGGGAAUCAGUAGUCAUUUCCUGCACCAAAGAAGGUGUUAAAUUCUCAGCUUCCGGAGAUGCAGGAUCUGCCAAUAUCAAGCUGGCACAGACAUCGUCUGUUGAAAAAGAAGAAGAAGCCGUCAUUAUUGAAAUGCAAGAACCAGUCACACUCACUUUCGCUUGCCGGUACUUGAACUCGUUCACCAAAGCUACCCCUCUGUCCAGCCAGGUUCAGCUUUCCAUGUCGGCUGAUGUUCCAUUGGUUGUAGAAUAUAAAAUUACGGAUCUGGGACACAUUCGGUACUACCUGGCGCCAAAGAUUGAGGACGAUGAAAAUUAAACAUCCUAGCGUGUAGCUUUUUUUGGUAUUAUUCUCUCUUGGCGGACAUAAUUACAUACGCAAACUAGGGAUGUGAUAAGGAAAUCUUUACAUUACGUUACUCAUAGUUACAAUACACAUUAAUCCUAACAAAAAAUACAUUUUUAUUUUAU